GCUCCGCCUGAAGCGAUGGCCCAGCCCUACCCCCCUGCCCAGUACCCUCCUCCGCCUCAGAAUGGAAUCCCAGCUGAAUAUGCUCCACCUCCUCCUCAUCCCACACAGGACUACUCUGGUCAGACCCCUGUCCCCCCAGAGCACGGCAUGACCCUCUACACGCCAGCACAGACGCAUCCUGAGCAGCCGGGUACUGAAGCUAACACACAGCCCAUCGCUGGGACCCAGACGGUGCCGCAGGCAGAUGAAGCAGCGCAGACAGACAGACAGCAGCUCCACCCUUCCGACCCCACAGAGAAGCAGCAGCCCAAACGACUACAUGUCUCCAACAUCCCCUUCCGGUUCAGGGACCCCGACCUGCGGCAAAUGUUCGGGCAAUUCGGGAAAAUUUUAGACGUGGAGAUCAUUUUUAACGAGCGGGGCUCCAAGGGCUUUGGGUUUGUAACUUUUGAAACUAGCUCAGAUGCUGACCGAGCCCGGGAGAAGCUGAAUGGGACGAUCGUAGAGGGACGGAAAAUUGAGGUCAAUAAUGCCACAGCCCGGGUCAUGACCAAUAAGAAGCCUGGGAACCCAUAUGCCAAUGGCUGGAAACUAAACCCUGUGGUAGGAGCGGUCUAUGGGCCUGAAUUCUAUGCAGUGACCAGUUUCCCCUACCCCACCACGGGCACCGCCGUCGCCUACCGGGGUGCACACCUGCGGGGCCGGGGCCGUGCUGUGUAUAACACAUUUCGAGCUGCACCACCUCCGCCCCCCAUUCCAACUUACGGAGCGGCACUGGAGCAAACGCUUGUUAAAAUGCCAGUCCCGUGGGCGGGGCUGGCACCGUGCCCCCUCCCUCCUCAGCAGACACCGGAGCCGGCCUACCCCACCUCUCCAGCGUUCCCACCACUCUCUUGUCCGUUUGCUUCCAGGGUCGUGUAUCAGGAUGGAUUUUAUGGUGCUGAGAUUUAUGGAGGCUAUGCAGCUUACAGAUAUGCUCAGCCAGCAGCAGCCGCAGCAGCAGCCUACAGUGACAGUUACGGUAGAGUCUAUGCAGCUGCUGAUCCUUAUCAUCACACCAUCGGCCCCACGGCAACCUACAGCAUCGGAACCAUGGCUAGCCUCUGCCGAGGAGGGUACAGCCGCUUCACCCCCUACUAG